UACAACACACAUCAAUAUUCAAAACAUGAUUAUAUAUAAUUUUAGAUGAAUUGACAAUGUUGUUACAAAAGUAGAAACCAAUAAAUUACAGAUUCUGUUCCACAAAACACAGUACAAUUAUGAAGACUGGAAUAAUAAAAACUAUUAAUAGUGAGUGCAUGCACGAAAGCGAAUUCAAACAUGUCUUCUCACUAUCUCGAGAAACGUACAAACUUACAAUCCUCUUUCUGCAAGCUUUUCACACAACUGUGCGAGAAAGUAUAUAAAAAUUUGGCCCACCUUUCUUUAUCAAAACAAAAAAAAUUAUAUAAAAAACAGUUUCCCAAUAACCAUAUUGUAUGAAAAACGGUGAUAAUAAUUUAAAAGGACAGACUGCUCUGUGCUUCUGUGUAAGCUGUAAAUUAUUAUUUAUAAUUUCUUUUUUCCAUUAGCAGUAGGGUUCCCCAUUGCUAUUAUUAUUAUUUUCUUUUAAAUUCCGAAUUUAUAAGCUUCAAAUAUAACACAAAGAGAGAAAGAUAAUAGAGUUUCUUCUCUUGUCCACAAUCUCUCUCUUCUCUCCCCUCUUCUUCUAGGUUUUAAUACUGAUGAUGAUGAACAAAGAUAUGUUAUAUAAUCAUCAACAACAACAUGGGGAGGAAAACAUGUCCAAUCUAACAUCAGCUUCAGGAGAUCAUGCAAGUGUGUCUUCAGGAAACAGAACUGAGACUAGUGGCUCCAACUUUCAUUACAACACUAAUCCAAAUCAGCAACAGGAAGAACAGUGUCUUGCUCCACAACCAUCUCAAAAGAAGAAGAGAAACCAACCCGGCAAUCCAGACCCAGAAGCAGAAGUGUUGGCUUUAUCACCAAAAACACUAAUGGCAACAAACAGAUUCAUAUGCGAGAUCUGCAACAAAGGGUUUCAAAGAGACCAGAACUUGCAGCUUCACAAGAGAGGACACAAUCUACCAUGGAAGCUUAAACAAAGAUCAAACAAAGACGUGAUAAGGAAGAAAGUCUAUGUCUGUCCCGAGCCAAACUGUGUCCAUCAUCAUCCAUCAAGAGCUCUAGGAGACUUAACAGGAAUCAAAAAGCAUUUCUUUAGAAAACAUGGGGAGAAAAAAUGGAAAUGCGAUAAGUGUUCGAAGAAGUAUGCGGUGCAAUCAGAUUGGAAGGCUCAUGCUAAGACUUGUGGCACCAAAGAAUACAAAUGCGACUGUGGAACUCUCUUUUCAAGGAGGGAUAGCUUCAUAACUCAUAGAGCAUUUUGUGAUGCAUUAGCAGAAGAGAGUGCAAGAGCCAUACCAAACCCUAUUCUCAUCCAAUCUUCUUCUCCUCAUCAAACUCAACACAACAUAAACUUCUCUUCCUCCUCACAAAACAUCACCAGCCACAAUAACAAUCCCCAUGGUCAUGAUGAACUUCCCAUGAAGCAAGAAGAGCCACAUCAUCACUUCCACAACAUCCCUCCUUGGCUCAUCUCAUCAAACCCUAACCCUAAUGGCAACAAUGCUAAUUACUUCCCUCUUGCUUCUUCUUCUGCAAGCUUCCACCACUCAUCUCCAGCAAUGUCAGCCACAGCUUUGCUCCAUAAAGCAGCUCAAAUGGGUCGAACAAAGUCAACAGCUACUCCAGAGGAAGAAGAAGAGAGGGUUGAUGACUACUACAAUACAAUGGCUGCAUCGAUGAUGACGUCACCAUCAGAACAUGGAUUCGGGUUUCAAGACUACUAUAUGAUGAAUCAGCAUCCUCAUCAUCAUCACGGCGUUGGAGAAGCUUUCGACGGUGGUUUUAUCGCCGUAGACGAGAAGAACGAUGUGGGAGACGACGGUGGUGGAGAGACUAGAGAUUUCUUGGGGUUAAAAUCGUUAAUGUCUGAUAAUGAGAUGCUAAGUUUCGCUAAUAAUCUUGGUAACUGUAUCAACACUUCUGCUUCAGAGCAACAAGAACGAUACAGCCAUCAAGAUUAGGUACUAGGUCGGUAGCAUAUGUAUAUAGAGUUUAAAAAUUAGUGUUCUCGAAAGAUAAUUUUUAUAUAA